AAUUACUUGAUAUGCAUUGUGUCAUUAUUAAUCGAUGAGUGAAUAAGCUCAAAAAGUUUGCUUAUUAAUAUGUUUUUAUUGCUACAAAUCUUAUUCUUUUUAGUCGGCAGUGGGAUAGGGCAGCAGUGUCAGAUAGCGCAAAAAUGUGUUACUGAUUUUUCCGAAAACGAUUGCUGGAUGGCAGAGCAAUUAGUUCCUAAUAGCCAUAUAUAUAAUUGUUGCCCAAGCUGCCAACAAUCCCCUGGCGAGAUACCUCCAACGACUGGAUGUAAUCCUCCUGCAAAUUGUCUACCUGAUGGUACUUACGGUCCAGUACAAUGCAAGGGGGAUACGUUUACAGGAAGGUGUUUCUGCUCCAAUGAAAAUGGGACCAGAAUAUUUGGACAAAUGUGGAGGGCAGACGCCAGUCAAAUGACUUGCGCAUGCAGCAGACGGCGGGCGGAAUUGGAAGCGACUGAAAAGAGAAGUGUUACUCUUCAUUGCACACGAACGGGGGAUUAUGAGCCUCUACAAUGUGACAACGGUAUGUGUUGGUGUGCGGAGCCCAGAACCGGGCAGCCAACCGCGGGACCAGUACCUGAAGCAGAUAUGAGACAACUUCCAUGUUAUAGAUCAUCGUUGGUAGGUACACAGUAUUUACGUCAAUGUGAAAGCGUUGUCCACGCCAUAGCUACGAUUCAACGGGAACAAAUGGAACACGGCACCAGCUUCUUAGGGAAUCCCGUCACCUUUUGCGACUAUGACGGCAGCUAUGGACCCUUCCAAAUUAGAAAUGGAAUUGCGUACUGCACGGGACGUGAUGGUGAGAUUCUGGGAUCAUGGCAGACCGUUUCAAGUGAAAUGACUGGAAUGAAUUGCAAUUGCGCCCGUGACACGAUGUUAUACUUCCCGGAGCGAGGUAUGACAGUGACAGAGAACUGCCAACCGAACGGCAACUACGUGCCUAACCAGAACGUUGGAAACGUGUUCUACUGCGUGGAUAGCGAUGGAUAUCCCACCACUGACUUCCUCGACGAGUGGCCGCCUGGCAAUUGUAUGGAUACACCUACUUCUAAACGAAACAAACUAAGUUUGGAUGCUCCCUAUGUAUAAGCUGACCACGUCCAUAUCCUAUAUCCAUUUAUAGAUAGGUACACUAGCUUGAGUUUUGAUGCUCCCGCUUAAACCACCUCAAUGCCGUGGUCGUGGUUAAAUGUACUGAAAUAAAUAACCUAUUUAAGUAAUAUAAUUAAAAUUUUCUAAUAUCA